ACUAAAUUACGUGUACGAGUUUCUGUGUGUGUUUGUGUUCGACGAAUUGAACUAUAGUGCCUAGAGAGUGGGCUUAUAAGUCAAAAAAUAAACAAAAUCUCAUUAUUUUGCCGCAUAUUAUUUUGUUCAAUCGGAUUGAGGUAUCAGUUGAGUAAAAGCGGUCGUGUGAGAUAGUUGGAAAGAAGAAAAUAUCUUCGAUUAAUUUGUACAAAUAAUAGAAGAAGGAGAACAAACAUUCAAUUCCGUUAUUUUCGUUGUAACAAACUCUCGCGAGUGCAUCCGUAUUCCAGCAACAAUUUCAUUGAUUUCGGAAUUUGUUUUUUCUCGGAAGACAAAGUUUUUGAUUUUGUGAUUAUUUUUCAACAUUUGCUACAAUGUCGUCACGUUCACGAAAAGCAGGUAGUGUGGCACCACAAAAUUCUGGACCAGCCGUGUCACCAAUAACCGUUCGGCCGACCAGUCCGUUAAGUCCAACGCGUCACAGUCGAUUGGCUGAAAAAGCCGACCUACAAAAUCUAAACGAUCGGCUGGCAUGCUACAUUGAUCGGGUACGAUAUUUGGAAACGGAGAAUGCCCGGCUUACGCUGGAAGUGCGAACGUCACAGGAAACCGUGACCAGAGAAACAUCAAACAUCAAACAGAUGUACGAACAUGAGCUGUCCGAUGCCCGAAAGUUGUUGGAUGAAACGGCCAGGGAGAAGGCAAAGUUGGAAAUUGAUGUGAAGCGGCUUCUCGAGCAGAAUGAUGAUCUACGACAGAGGUUGGAUAAGAAGACGAAAGAACUGGCCACUGCAGAGAACAGCCUACGGCUACUUGAAUCUCGAUGCAACGAUCUUACAGCCAAAUACAACACUGCCGUUGCUGAUCGCAAAAAGGCUCAAGAUGAGGUCAAAGAUUUGGAGCGUGAAGUGCUCAAAUUACGCAAACAAUUGGAAGACGCUCGCAAGCAUUUGGAAGAGGAAACGUUGGCUCGUGUCGAUCUGGAGAACACCGUGCAAAGUCUUCGGGAAGAGUUAACAUUCAAGGAUCAAGUUCACUCACAGGAACUGACCGAAACGCGAUCUCGUCGACAAGUCGAAAUCAGCGAAAUAGACGGACGACUAGCCGAACAGUAUGAGGCCAAGUUGCAACAGUCUCUGCAAGAGUUACGCGACCAAUACGAAGCGCAAAUGCGAGCUAAUCGUGAGGAAAUCGAAUUACUUUUCGAUGGAAAGAUUAAGAACAUUCAAAAUGCUUCGCAACGCGACAAACAAACCGCUGCCGCAGCUCUUGAAGAGAUCCGUAUAACGAGAUCUCGUGUCGAUGGACUGCAAUCGAAAAUCAACGAUUUGGAGUCAUUGAAUUCAGGAUUGAAUGCUCGAAUUCGUGAUCUGGAACAGUUACUGGACCUGGAACGGUCACGCCGAGCUGAUGACGAAGCUGAAUUAGCCAGACUUCGUGAAGAGAUGGCAUUGCAGCUGCAAGAGUAUCAAGAUUUGAUGGACAUUAAAGUGUCACUGGAUUUGGAAAUUGCGGCGUACGACAAAUUGUUACGCGGCGAAGAGCAGCGACUUAACAUUACGCCAUCGAAUUCAGCCACAGCGAGUCAACUGCAACAGUCAUUCGCACGAUCGGCCAGUGGACGUGCAACACCAGUUGGACGAAGCACCCCAUCACGCGGCGGAAUGAAACGCAAGCGUACGUUGUUGGAAGAAUCGGAAGAGAGAAAUUUGUCCGAAUUUUCAGUUACCUCUUCAGCAAAAGGCGAUGUUGAGGUGUUGGAUGUUGAUCCCGAAGGAAAAUUCGUGAAAUUGCACAACAAAAGCAACAAGGAAAUCAACCUUGGUGGAUGGCAACUGUUGAGAACGGCCGGAGCCAACGAAACAUCAUUCAAAUUCCAUCGUUCCGUGAAAAUUGACGGUGCCCAAGUGAUUACAGUCUGGUCGUCCGACACUGGUGCUAAUCAUGAACCUCCGCUCAAUAUUGUGAUGAAAGGUCAGAAGUGGUUCGUCGGAGACAACAUGAAGACGCAACUAUUGAACACGGAUGGAGAGGAAGUAGCAGCGUCCGAACGGGUACGCCAUCAAGUUUCCAGCCACGCAUCACGCCAUCGUGAUUCGUACGGCCGAGGAGAAGAUUUGUAUCAUCAACAAGUGCAACAGUCCAGAGCAUCACCAUCGUCUUCCGUUGGGCGCUUGUUUUCAUUUUGGUAAACAAACACCUUGCCAACGCCACCUCAUUCUCUCGUCAUGAACUCUCCGUACAACGUAACAACCUCAUCAGUUUUUUUUUUAAUUAUUUAAUUUUACGAAAAUUGUUAAGUCUAGUGUCUGUGAGCACUUUGCAUCAACAAAAUAUGUGCGUAGUCAUUCGCAAUAGUCAAUUUAGGAUGAAGUUUUGUGUUUAAGGUCUA